CGCUCGCGCUUGACACGGUACAUAGACCCUUGGUCCGAGUCGUAGGUUGUAUCGCUUCUUCCUACACCACGGCCUUCAAGUGUUUCGUCUGCCAGGCAAGAUGGACAUAGGGAGGGACCAGCUCUUCAGUCAUUGGUCCACGAGCAUACCAGGACCUGCUCAGUAUGUCUUUGCUCAGGCGCAAAGGGCUCACAACCAGAGCCUCUCCAUGCUGACUGCAGCACGAGACAAAAUCAAUUUCGCGGACUCUACGCUGCUUUACCCUCCGGGAGUCGCUGCGCUGUCGAUCCUUGUAUUCCUGGUACAGUUGGCACUGCAUGUUCGCACCCAGAAGAAGGCGUACGCGAAGCUUGCUCAGUCCGAACCUUCGCCCAUAUCUGAGCCUCUCCAUGCUCCAGAAGAGAGUGAAAACGCGUCUGCAUUGGUAAAACACGUCAAGGAACACGGGGGCGUCGUCCUCGUCGCGUUCAACGUAUUGCGGGCCGCGUCAACCCUGGCGCUCCUGGGCAUGUCUAUCUACAGCGCGACCGAGUCCUUGGGCCACUCUGCAACCCUGGAGCCUCAGAGCUUCGAGACCGUUUUCCACGUUGACACUUACAUAACCUACGUGUACGCAUCAGCGCUCGGCAUCACCUCGCUGCUUGCUGGUCCCGUCCUGAGCACGACAGCUGUUCGCCACCUGAACAGUAUUCUGUUCACUGCGUGGGCGGUCUACGCGUACCGCGAUCUCUGGCCCUUGGCGACGUUCACGCAAGAGCCCAUAGAUCUCGCCGAAGGCCCUCUGCUUUGGGCUAGGAUCUCUCUCUUGACCAUCAGUAGUAUCUUUGUGCCCCUCUUGAUUCCUCAGCGCUACAUCCCCUUUGAUCCAGAGAAUCCGUGGCCGAACCCGCCCGCGGAGCAGACCGCUUCUAUCAUGUCACUCCUGCUGUUCAGCUACCUUGACCCGACGGUCAAGCUCGCGUCGCACGUCGAACACCUGACCAUCGACAUGCUGCCUGCUCUGGCCGACUACGAUGACGCUCAAAAUCUAAUGAAGCGCAGUAUGAAUGAGAUCGACCCGUUCCGAAUGAAGGCGAAGGGCAGACAUCUCAUGUGGGGCAUCCUGCGCGUUUUCCGAAUGGAGUGGAUUGUCAUGGCCAUCGUGAUCAGUUUUGACACUACCUUAGAGUUCAUCAGCCCGCUGGCUAUUCGAUAUAUCCUGAUGUACAUCGAGACGGACGGCGUAGGUGUCAACGUCAGGCCCUGGUUCUGGAUCGCGAUGCUCCUCCUCGGACCGAUCGUUGACUACAUCUUCGGAUCCGUGUACAAUUUCCUUUCCAUGAGAUUGUUGACUCGAGUCGAGGCGAUCAUUACGCAGCUCGUCUUUGAGCAUGCUCUGCGCAUGCGCAUGAAGGCAGACGUCUCGCAAGAUCCCGCUCAAAGUGAAGGUGACACGACCGUUGCCGGCACACCCGACACGGCUUCCGACGCUGAGUCGAGCGCUACCGCUCCAACAGUUCAAGAAGCCGGCAACGACAAUGACAGCGACUCCACAGCGGGCAAGGGAAAGCAGAAAUCCACGGCGCAGACGGUUCCCGUGGCUGCACAGAGUGCGGACGCUAACAACAUUAUUGGGAGGGAGGAGAAGGCAAAGCCAGCGGACGAUGAAAAGAAGGGCAAGAACAUCGUCGGGAAGAUUAACAACCUCAUCUCGUCCGACCUCGCCUCUAUCGGCAUGGGUAGGGAGUUCUUGGUCCUCCUGGUCAAGCUCCCCGUCGAGAUCAUCUGCUGUGUAUGGUUCUUGUACGCCAUCUUGGGCUGGAGUGCAUUCGUCGGACUUGCUUCCAUUGUCAUCUUGUUCCCUGUACCCGGUUUGAUUGCAACGCGCAUUCGCAAGAUCCAGAUAGCGAAGAUGAAGAAGACCGAUGCACGUGUGCAGAGCGCGACGGAAACCAUGAACGUCAUCCGUAUGAUCAAAUUAUUUGGCUGGGAGCCCCGAGUAGGGAAACAACUGGCGGAGAAACGUGAGGACGAGUUGGAGCUCGUGAAGAAGAGCAAGCUGCUUGACCUCAUCAACAAUAACCUAAACCACGCCAUUCCUUUGGUCACCAUGAUCGUGACCUACGCGACAUACACCAUGAUCAUGAAGCGGGAUCUUACAGCGUCUGCUGUCUUCUCAUCUAUCACGGUGUUCGACACUUUCAGCCAGCUAAUGCAUAUGGGCUUUGGUUUCGUGCCUAUGAUGAUUAGAGCUAAGGUGUCGCUGGACCGAGUGAAUGAAUUUUUGCAGAAGACCGAGCUACUGGACGAAUACUCUGAACAACCUGACGAAAUCCAGACUCAGAUCGCAGCGCAGCCGGAGGACGACGUCAUUGGGUUCCGCAAUGCUUCCUUCACCUGGGCGAACCAAGUCAGCGGCUCCGCGGCUUCGACUCCUGGAAGCGGGCGAAGGAAUUUCACCUUGCAUAUCGACGACGACCUGGUAUUUGAGAAAGGCAGUAUUAAUCUCGUGAUUGGCCCGACUGGUUCAGGAAAGAGCUCCUUGUUGAUGGCUCUGCUGGGCGAGAUGCACUACAUACCCGCUGGCCCUGAUUCGUUCUACAAUCUACCCCGGGCUGGUGGAAUUGCUUAUGCCGCGCAGGAGUCUUGGGUUCAGAACGAAACCAUAAAGGACAACAUUCUCUUCGGCGCCCCAUACAACGAGGAACGUUAUCAAAAGGUCAUUGAGCAGUGCGCACUGAAACGCGAUCUCGAGUUGUUUGCUGCUGGUGACCAGACGGAAGUUGGAGAAAGAGGCAUCACACUGAGUGGGGGUCAGAAGGCACGCAUAACACUCGCCCGUGCUAUCUACUCCAAGUCGCAGACACUGCUGUUGGACGAUGUUCUCGCUGCGUUAGACGUUCACACGUCACGAUGGAUUGUCGAGAAAUGCUUCAAGGGUGAUCUUGUCCGUGGGCGAACGGUGCUACUCGUCACGCAUAACGUCUCUAUGGCUAGUCCAAUCGCCGAUUUCGUCGUUGCCCUGGGCACAGAUGGUAGAGUGACCAGUCGAGGUUCCAUUGCUAAUGCUCUUGCGCGCGACAAGAGACUCGCCGCUGAACUGGCAAAGGAGGAAGCGGAACUGGAGAAAGCGGAAGCCACCGUUGACGAGCAGACCCCGGAAGAGGCCCCGAAGGAGGAUGGCAAGCUUGUAGUUGAAGAAGAGGUCGCAGUCGGGCAUGUCGGUUGGCAAGCAAUGAAACUCUUCAUGCAGGCACUUGGAGGGAGCCAUCGAGUCUUCUUUUGGCUUAGCUUCGUUGGAGGCUUGAUUCUCUACAUGGCGUUCAGCAUCAUGGAAACUUGGUUCCUUGGAUUUUGGGCUCGACAGUACGAAGAAAUGCCUGCGUCCGAAAUCAAAGUGCCAUACUUCCUCGGCGGAUACGGGUCGAUCAUGAUCACAUCAGUCCUCUUCUACAUGGCAGCCUUCUAUGUAUACACAUUUGGGUCGCUGAGAGCAUCAAGAGCGAUACACAAUGAACUGAUAUCCUCGAUUUUGGCGACGACAUUGAGAUGGCUUGACAAAACACCCACAUCUCGUAUUAUCGCUCGAUGCACCCAGGACAUCCAAGAAGUCGACGGUCCCGUGGCGAGAUGGUUCAGUGCCAUCGUGGAGAUGUCGUUGGAGAUGCUCAUGAAGCUUGGUGUGGUGGUGGUGAUAUCCCCGAUCUUCCUCGUUCCCGGCGUGUUCAUUGCCGCCGUCGGUGCCUGGAUUGGGGAGAUCUACAUGAAGGCACAACUUGCGGUCAAACGUGAAAGAAGCAAUGCGAAGGCUCCAGUUCUCGGCCACUUCGGGGCCGCUUUUGCAGGUCUCACCUCAAUCCGUGCAUAUGGUGCGCAGGAGGCGUUUAAAAAGGAGUCGUAUGUGCGCAUCAACCGAUACACUCGGGCUUCAAGGACAUUCUGGAGUCUUAAUCGCUGGGUGACCAUCCGUAUUACCGCCCUCGGAUCGUUCUUCGCUGCGGCUUUGGCUGCCUACUUGGUAUACGGGAAGGCAAUCACCGCAUCCAACACUGGAUUCUCCCUGAACAUGGCAGUCGGAUUCAGCAGCAUGAUCUUAUGGUGGGUGAGGAUCUUCAACGAGUUGGAAGUCUCAGGCAACAGUCUGGAGCGCAUCAAGCAAUACCUCGAGAUCGAGCACGAGCCCAAACCGACACCCGAAGGUGUUCCGCCCGCGUAUUGGCCAGCCAGCGGAGACCUGAAAGUCGAGAAGCUCUCCGCUCGGUACUCUCCGGACGGACCUCGCGUGUUGCAUGAGAUUUCAUUUGAGGUGAGAUCAGGGGAGCGAGUUGGCAUAGUCGGCCGCACUGGUAGUGGCAAGAGCUCUUUGACUCUGGCACUGCUACGGUGCAUCAUCACCGAAGGCAAGGUGUAUUACGACGGACGACCGACGGACAACAUCAACUUGGACGCUCUCCGAUCAACUAUCACGAUCAUCCCGCAAGUGCCAGAGCUCUUGAGUGGGACGCUCCGUCAGAACCUGGAUCCCUUCCAGCAGUAUGAUGAUGCCGUUUUGAACGACGCCCUAAGAUCUGCGGGCCUGUUCUCGUUACAAAGCGAUCUUAUCGAGGGCCGCAUUACUCUGGACACUCCCAUCGCGAGCGGAGGAACCAAUCUGUCCGUUGGACAACGCCAAAUCUUGGCUCUCGCGAGAGCCAUUGUGCGGCAGAGCAAGCUACUGAUCCUGGACGAAGCUACGUCCGCGAUUGACUACGCAACGGAUGCUGUGAUUCAGGCUUCGUUACGUGAAGAACUUGACAAAGGCGUGACUUUGCUCACUGUCGCUCAUCGUCUCCAGACCAUCAUGGAUGCCGACAAAAUCAUGGUGCUCGAUGCGGGCCGAAUCGCGGAAUUCGGGAAACCUAGCGAACUCCUGAAGAACGAACAGGGUAUGCUCCGUGCGCUCGUUGAUGAGAGUGGCGACAAGGAGACGUUGCACGCCAUGGCGAAUGGUGCAACUGGUUCUUCCACUACGCUCCUGAAUGCACUCGAGACCUCCACUGCGUCCAACGGCAUAGACGACGUAGCGUGGAAGCGCGACAGGCAGCUCAAACAGCUCGGUGUCAACUAUCGCUGGAGCUCCAUCGUCGUGGACGAGCGUGCCCCGGAGAAGCCCAAGGAGCCCGCAAACGUCUACGGCGGUGAGACGGGCGGUGAGCUGCGCGCGGGUGAUCGUGCCCCGGAUGCCCCGGGAUUGGUCUCCGUGUCUGAAGACAAGCAGGAGUCACUAUCACUCUUCCGCAUCUUCCGUCCAAUGUACCACACUGUCCUUCUCUUCACCUCCGACUCCAGUACCAUGCAGCCCGUACUCAAGGUGAGGCGCUACCCCGCUGGCAGCCUGAAGACCGUGAUGGCUUAUCCCCGAGACACGGCGCAUGCCUCCGCAGAGGCGAGCGCUGACAUUACUGUUGUAGACAAGCAGGGUCACGCAUUCAAUGCGUAUGGUGUGUCUCCAGAUCGCCCCACAAUAGUCGCCAUACGACCUGAUGGUGUGGUGGGUGCGAUUGGAUUCUGA